CUUAUUCGAGGCAGCGCCGUCGAAGUUCUCACAUCACGAAAGUACUCGAACGCGAAUCGACGUACAGUUCCAAGUACAAGUUCUAAUUCUCAACGGGCGGAUCAUGGAACAGGAUCUUGAAAGUAGCUCACUCGGUCAAAUGGAAGAUCAAAGUAUCACGCUGGCGAAGCAAGUCGAAGGGCUGAAGAUUGAGGCAGUAAGCCUCCAAAAUCAUUUGGAGAAGCCGAUCGAAAGUUGUGAAGAAAUUCUGAAGCGCAUUAGGAAAUGUAUUACCAUUAGGAAAGAAACUCUUGAGGAUGAAAUCGAAAGAUGCAAACAGGAGAUAAGGGAGAAAGCCUUAAAAUACAUUACGAAACUUCGUUCGCGAAUCGAUGAUUUGUGGCGAGACUGUUAUUAUGGGGAGGAGGACUGUUUCAGGCCCUUCCAAGAACAAACCUUUACGGAGGAUUUGAUCAACCUCCACGAAAUGGAGAUGGAGAGGUUGUGCGAGCACUACAAUUUUUGCGGACCAUUUGUGGCGCUUGUUAACAAACGACAGGACUUGGCCAAACAAAUAUAUAUGAUGGAACACCGUACGAAGGUUACAAAUCUUUAUCAGAAUCAAGGUGACCGGCGCCUUGCACAUAAUAGCCGGCGUAGAGACACUAGAAAGUUGAAAGCUGAAACCAAAAGAUCCAUACGGCAGAGAGGUGAGAAUAUUGAAAGGGUCGUACGAAAAUUGCGUUAUCGAAUCCAAGAAUUGUGGCAUCAAUGUUAUGUUGGGAACGAUAAACGUAAAGCGUUCCAGCUCUAUGAAGUUGAUUCUAUUACGGAGCAUUCGCACUCCAGAAACGAUAAAGAGUACAAAAAGCAGUGCAUGUAUUAUGGAUGCAACAGGCAACCAAGUGUGAUAUGGAUAGAUAUUCCGGAUCUGGACGAUAGCCAGGCCUCUACUGGAGAAGAAACGAUGCGCAAUCUUCAAAAGGAAUUGCUGGAGCUAGAGCAACAAUUAAAAGUUUUGGUCGAACGGUACGAAAAGAAACAUGGGGUACCAUAUAAGACAGAUGGAAAAAUAUUGGCCGACUCGUUGCAAUUAUCCGGGACGGAAUACAUGGCAGUUGAACGACCCGGGAUUACGCUAAACUAGGCUAGAAAGAGAUCAUUUGAGUGCAUCGUCGGGCGUUGGAAUACGGCGUAUAUCUCCUGCGAAUUCUGAAGAGAGGGAAAAGACGGUCCAAAACCCCCGCAAUAAAUUGCCGUCGACACCUCGCUGGGCAUCAGGGAGUCCGAAAAUUACGUCAACCUCACUCAGUUGACUGUUAACGAGAAUCUGAGAAUAUUUUAUUGAAGCAUUCUGCAGCAUCAAACGUCUACAUAUUAUAUAGGAUUAGUUAUUUCUCAUUAUUAGUAUCAUACAAAAAACGAAAUGGCGAUAAGAUGAUUUCGAUUCAUGGACGAUUCGUCAUUACAUCUCUGAAAACCAAGAGAUAAUUUUGCUACUGCGAGCACAGUUAAUCGAAGAUACAUAAGUGCAUUAAUUGAUGUAACAGAUAGAUUAAGCAAAAUCUAUUUCUAUUUAUAAUCUCUUUGUAAGAUAAAAUAUGCAUUUUGAAAUUUUGUAAUCAUGGUACUUUGUUGUUUCUCACUUGAAACUCUGUAAUCAAUAAAUUAUUAUAAACAUAUUGCAAAACUCUCCGGGAAUAUUGUUUGCGUUCAGUGCGCUCGAGUAACAGAACUUGGGAACCUGUAAGAUCGGUACGAGUCGACAUUUUCCAAGCACAUCGCAUUAUACACCGAACGAAAUGUUUGUAAAGACUGAUCGGUUUGAAAUGUUCGUGCAUUUCUCCGUUGCUUUGGUCCGGUAGAGUUCGGUCAGUCAAUCAUUCUCGAAUGAAGACGAACUUUUUUCUUGAAUUAUCGAUGCGCGCGUUUUCAAUUCUUGCAACUUCUCCGAAAUCUAAUCCAACUCACUGUUCGUCGAAAGCAAUCGAAAUCUGACCAUCUGACCGAUUUACCGUUGUUUUUCCGUCCUAUGGUCAACGACGUUGCCGACUCCCAGUGUUUAAACCCAGAUACAUUAUCGAGACGAUAAACAGUAAACUUUUCCCAAUGAUCAUGUGUCAUUAGAGAUAAUCGACAGAGUAAAUGUCCAAAAGUGUAUCGUUUGUAAAGUCCAAUUCUGGUAAUUGAUUGUUCGGUCUGCAGCAGCGAGACGUAACAACUAUCUGUAUGUUUUAUUAUCUAAUCUAAAUGUUAGGUUCACGACUCACAUUUCAUCUUUCAAAUCAAUAAAAGAUCGACAUUGCGAUAAGUGUGCAAGAUAUGCGUUCGAAUUGCAUUGACGUAAUGUCCUUCUGUUAUACCGUAAGUUUUGAUAAAUGUAGAGUACGUAACCCAAUAAGGAUAAUUUUAGGAAGAGUUUGGUCAGGGAAAGUCAUCGAUUGACAAAUUGCAACAUUAUUCUGAUAUGUUGCAAUGUGAUUAUGUAUAAUUACGAAUGGUCGAGUAUCUAAUACCAGUUCGGGACUGCGAUAAGGUUUCUGAUUCUUU